ACGAUCCUUUGAACCACACGCGGCUCAAUCACGACGUUUAUCUAGCGGACCACUCACUAUGCAUCAUAGGAGCAGUCUUCUAGGAAAGGCGUGCAAAUGCAGUCACAGAAACCGUAAAUGCUGGCCGUUUUGCUCUAUUUCGUGUCGGAUCAAAACUGCCCUCCUCUAGCUCAAAAUGGGUUAGAAGGAGGAUGCCUGGAUUAUCCACUUUCAACACUUUGCGAGGAUGGGGAAUUGGAAUUUCUGUUUUCGUAGAGACAUCUUGACAAAGACGGAGAGAGAGACUAGAGAUCGGAUUUGAGUUCCACUGUUCUCCACUGUUCUUCGUUUUCUUUUCUUGUUUUCGUUUUUGAGAAAUGAUUGCUGAAUUCGUGUGCAGCGCUGUGGCUUUGGUCCUCUAUGUCAACACUCUGGGCGCUGAUUUCUGCUACGAUGACAGCCGUGCGAUCAAAACCAACCAGGACCUGCUCCCAGAGACCCCGUGGAUCAACAUCUUCUACGAUGACUUCUGGGGCACCCUGCUUACCCACAGCGGCAGCCACAAGUCAUACCGGCCCCUGUGUACCCUCUCCUUCCGCCUCAACCAUGCCCUGGGUGGCUUGGAGCCCUGGGGCUACCACCUAGUCAAUGUGGGCCUCCAUGGGGCAGUCACAGCCCUCUUCACCUGGUUGGCCCGCCUGCUGCUUGGAGGGGGCCUGUGGAGCCUCCUAGCUGGGUUAUUGUUUGCCUCGCACCCCAUUCACACAGAGGCAGUGGCGGGCGUGGUUGGCCGAGCAGACGUGGGCGCUGCUCUGUUCUUCCUGCUGUCACUGCUGUGCUACGUACGUCACUGCACCCUGCGAGGGGGCUCUGCGGGGCCCUGCAGGCUGGGGGCCUGGCUUCUGGGCAGCCUGGGCUGCGCCGCCUGCAGCAUGCUGUGGAAGGAGCAGGGGGUGACGGUGCUGGCCGUGUCGGCCCUCUACGACGUCUGUGUUUUCCACCGGCUCAAACUGCGUCAGGUCAUCACGCUGGUCUACAAGAGGAGGAACGUCCACCUGCUGUUGAGUGUGUUGCUGUUGGCUGCCUGGGGGGCUGUUCUGCUGGCCUACCGCCUCUACUGGAUGGGUAACAAACCGCCCAACUUCUCCAACUCAGACAACCCAGCGGGGGACUCCCCAUCCCUCCUCACUCGGACUCUAACCUUCCUCUAUCUGCCCGCCGUCAACAUGUGGCUUCUCUUGUGCCCAAACACCCUGAGCUUCGAUUGGUCCAUGGACGCCCUGCCUCUGAUCAGAAGCAUCGCCGAUUGGAGGAACCUUCAUACUGUGGCCUUCUAUGUGGGACUGCUCCUUCUGGCUUGGUUUGGGCUUCGCACCCGCCAGGUCAAGGGCAAGGAGACCAACGGAAAAGCCCAUCAUGUAACCAACGGGAACGGGAGGUCCCAUACCAAUGGACACAGCUGCCACCACCCCGAUGUUCCCAACCACACAAACUCUGAAACAGAGCCUCACACUGCUAGUGCACAGAACGGUACCAAAAAGCACUAUGUCACCAGGACUCCACUGCCCACCACUGAAAACGUAGUGGUGUUCUCCUUGGGUCUAUUGGCCGUCCCUUUCCUCCCUGCCACCAACCUGUUUUUCUACGUGGGCUUUGUGAUAGCAGAGAGGGUACUGUACAUCCCCAGUAUGGGCUUCUGUCUGCUGCUGGCGGUGGGGCUGAGGGCCCUGUACGUACGGCUGAGGUGGAGCUCCUCCAGGACUGUGGUGGUGUACUGUAGUGUUGCCCUGGUCCUACUGUUUGGGGUUAAAACAGUGCUGAGGAACCAAGACUGGCAGAACGAGGAGAUGCUCUACAAGUCAGGGAUAUACUUUAACCCUGCUAAAGCAUGGGGCAACCUUGGGAAUGUCCUGAAGAACCAGGGCAAGAUGGCGGAGGCGGAGCAGGCAUACAGGAAUGCCCUCUACUACCGCAGGAACAUGGCAGACAUGCUGUAUAACCUUGGUUUGCUGCUACAAGAAAACAACAAGUUCUCUGAGGCACUCCACUACUAUAAACUGGCCAUUGGGAGCAGGCCAACUCUGGCUUCCGCCUACUUGAACACGGGGAUCGUCCUGAUGAACCAGGGGCGACUGGACGAAGCCAAGAGGACCUUCCUAACCUGCGCCGACAUCCCUGACGAGAACCUGAAGGACCCCCACACCCACAAGAGCUCCGUCACCAGCUGCCUGUACAACCUGGGAAAGCUGCUCCAUGAGCAGGGGCACCAGGAGGAGGCCCUCUCCGUGUAUAAAGAAGCAAUACAGAAAAUGCCAAGACAAUUUGCACCUCAGAGCCUCUAUAACAUGAUGGGAGAGGCCUACAUGAGACUGAACAAGCUGACCGAGGCCGAGCACUGGUACAGAGAGUCCCUGAGAGCCAAGCCAGACCACAUCCCAGCACACUUGACCUAUGGCAAACUCCUGGCCCUCACGGGUCAGAAGACUGAAGCAGAGAGGUUCUUUCUGAAGGCCAUCCAACUAGACCCCACUAAAGGAAAUUGCUAUAUGCAUUACGGUCAGUUUUUGUUGGAGGAGUCUCGUCUGCUGGAAGCGGCUGAGAUGGCGGAGAAGGCAGCUCGUCUGGACAGCGGGGAGUUUGAUGUGGUCUUCAGCGCAGCCCACAUGCUCAGACAAGCCAGUCUCAAUGAUGCAGCUGAGAAGUAUUACGGACGGGCAGCCAGCAUAAGACCCAACUACCCAGCAGCCCUGAUGAACCUAGGGGCCAUUCUCCAUCUCAACGGGAAGCUGCAGGAGGCGGAGUCCAACUACCUGCGAGCUCUGCAGCUGAAGCCAGACGACACCAUCACCCAGUCCAACCUGCGCAAGCUGUGGAACAUCAUGGAGAAACAGGGCCUCAGGACCAUGGGGCUGUGAGUUAGCUCUCCAGCCAGCCAUCUGUGCAGCAGGCCUGGGGAAGAAGUGGCCUGCUGCACCCUCAGAGGAGAGGGGGAGGAGAGACUGGGAAGGUGAGGAAGGGGGAGGACAGCAAAACGCUCCUAGUGACUGUCUGUUGUGAGGAGCGCUACAUUUGGAUGAUGACUUUCUGGAACUUUGUCCAAAAUGGGUGCUCUCCCAGGAUCUGUGAUUCUUGACCAGAGCACUUAACUUGAAGUGGGCCAUAGGUACAAACUUGAUAUUUUGUGGUUAAUUAGGUUUUGAAUUAGUUAUAGAUGCUUAAAAAGUAUUUUAGGACGUUUGUCCUGGGACAGUGCAAGAUUAAAAGUGUGUGUGAGUGACAGGAAAAAAAACUUCCCAAGGCGCUGCCCUCUGAAUCAGGAGCAGUGGAGUAGAAGUUACUUUUACUCACCGUCUAAUUACGUUUUUCGUCUGAAGUCAGUUCAUUGGCUUCUGUGCAUAUCAGUGAAACUCGUGGCAUGGUAUUGGAGUUUACAGCUUUAUCAGUUAUGGUUUGUUCUCAAAUUCAACACACCCACUGGGUACAGACAUCAGUUUAACUAGUCUAGUUUAGAUUUUAUUUACAUUUGGUUGAGUUGUCAACUAAGAUGAAUUCAACGUGAAAUCAACAACAACAAAAUCACCAUGUUAUUGGAUUUAGGUAAAAAGUUGAGUGAAAAUAAGACAAUUGCCUUACGUUAACUAUUUUCAAAUCCAAUCUGUUUUCCACGUUGAUUCAACGUCAUCACAUAGAAUUUGGGGGUGGAAAUGACAUGAAAACAACCUUGACUCAACCAGUUUUUGCCCAAUAGGCAACUAGUGGAGGUCAGGGUUGAUUCAUUAUUGAUUCUGAUUGCCUAUGAGAUUUCACUGAUUUGACAUGUUGUUGGAUAUUGAGACCUAGAGCACCAUGCCUGCAAACGAUAUGUAGCAGAUUGUUGAGCAUCAUUGAAUGAUAAAAAGGGAACCCACUGAUAUAAAAAACACUUCCACAAGAUAAAACAAUGUGAUACCUUAUAAAUGGGACACCUGCCCUCAUGUUACAGUCAUGGAGAGCUCAGAGUAUUUCCCACCCUUAAAGAUAUGGAUCCAUAGAAUAUUGUUGCCAAAAAAGACAGUGGUAGUUGUGAAAUAAAAUGCCAAUACAUUUGUCAGAGGGAAAGGUGAAAUGACUUUGAAUUGAAGGAAAUGUCUGUCAUUAUUUGGAAACUCUAUUAUACCUUUCUAAUUGAAGGUGUGAAACUAUUCCAUGUAAAUGUAGCAGAGAAUUUCACAUUCCUUCACUAAGCUUGUUGUUUCAUAGAGAGACAUCACAUGGCUCCUGUGUAGGAAACUCAUGUGUCCUUGGAUAUUUGUCUUAGAGAAAAGUAAUGUGUUAUGAAAGGAAAUGGCCAACUAACUUCCCAUGGUACUAACAUUAGCCCCUAUAAGUUAGCAUGCUAGUUGGAGGUUUGGACAUUACCAGAGAACUGAGGACUUCCCGUUCCUUGGUGAUUCUUACUGAUGUGUGCUGAUGACCUGUGUUCAGACAUGAUUAGAGGACAGUUGGAUGCCAUUACUGAUGACUGAAAUCUCCUAACCAAAAUAGCUGUCUAAUCGAUGCACUCCUUUACAUAACAAUGCACAGCCAUAGUCUGUCUGAGGGAAUCUUUUUAUGUAAUAUUGCUUUGAAAACGUAAAUGUUAUUUUAUUUGUAUGUAUACAUGAAGUUUAAUAUAUACAGUAAAAAGCCACAUACAUUAUAAUGGAGACAAUAGUCUGACUUGCGAGGGAAGGUCAGUGCCCAGCAGGUUCAGUAUCUGUAAGAUAUGAAGUAUUUUCCAUAGUAUCAAAACAUAAUGUUCUCUCACUCUUCUCGGUCUUAAACGUCCAUUUUGUAUAAAUUAUGUGUAAUUAACAUCUACUUGGUGCUUGUCAUUAAAACAUUUACCACCGUUUAUCAACUGUAUCUUACAUUUGGAAGGAAGAAAAAGUAUUUUGGAGAUGAUCCCGCUAUGACAUUUAUGUUUAUUGUAAAGAAGCCCACAGCCACCGGGCGGUUUAAUAUUUGUAAGUUAUUUCUUUGUGUUAUCUUGGCAUAUAAACCAGCUGGUACUGUGUUAUCUUUUUAAAUGUAUGUUGAAGGAAGUUCAUAAGAUAAAUAUUGAUCCAUUUCCCUUCAAGAAAUGUGAUAUACCUGUACACGUUUGUCUGGAAGACUUUACCUUGCAUUAUGACUGAAAAAAAGUAUUAUACAGCUAUUUGAUUCCUAACCCCAUUUUCUGACAGGUGUAUCUUGAUUAUGCUAAGAUAUUGCUGUUGAUUUAAAAAAAAAUAAGUUCAUCAUAGACAAUAAAUUCAAUGGCUACCAAAAAGUCAAAAAUAUUAAAAUAUUGCCAUUUCUUUUGCUGUCCACUUCUCUGCAGUCACCCCAUCCAUCCGAUGUCAUAUCCAGUGCUUUAUGAAGUUAGUAGUCUGAUAGUUGCCUUGUUCUUUCUUGAACAAAAAAAAUGUAUGAGCCCUGUUCCACUCUGUACGUAACCUCUAUUCUCAUGUCUGUCUGUCAGUAUUGGAAUCACAGCAUGGCAAUGUGUCUGGCUGGAGCUGGAUGGUCUUACUGGUUGUUACAGUGCUGACGAUUGUGAUGGUCUUGACCAUACAGCACAACACUGUACAACACUGUGUUGUAUAUAGCUAUGGUCACCAUGUCUAUCUGUCUGGUAUAGUGAAAUGUUGAACUAGGUUAUCACAAUUAACUAUUCUACCUUCACACCUUCCACCCCACUCCCACAACCCCCCAUCACAAGUUGUGCUAAUUUCUCUUGUGUAUAAAUUGUUUAUGAACAAAGUAUAGUAUGGAUGAAGAUGGAAAUAAGUGUUCCAUUCUGUCUCUCUGCUCAGGGAUUUCAAGCGGUGGGUUGUAUUGCUGAAUCAUACUCACGGAGCACUCGGAGAGUUUACUAAAUGAAAGUUUUAUUUUUUGAAAGUUGUUGUAUUUGUAUAAAUGAUCAAGAUUUGUAGCCUUUCCUUAAACGAUGCGCCAGAAUAAACUUUCCCAAUGUUGCUUUUUUCCACAAUAAAGUAAUGGUGUUCUGCU